AUGGGCAUUCUCUUGCAGCUCGUGUCCGCAGACAACUCCCUAGCAGAAGCUACAGCAUCAUCUAUCCUAGUAAACCACUUACAGCAACAAAUAUCUAUCCUUCAUAAUGACAUUGAUCGCAUUCAAACCAAUGAGCAGGCACUUUCCAAAAGGAUGCAGAAUGUCAACAUUAAGUUCCAAAAUGUCACAGAUACAUGGAAGAGAAACCUGGAUGAAAUGAACCUGGAGACUAACUCGGUAAAGUCUGACACCAAGUCUUUCCAUCAGCAGAUGACUUCAAAGAUUAACUCGGCUGACCAAACCCUAAAAGUGCUUUCUGAGAAGCUUAAAGAGUUUGAAGAGAGUACACCAAGGAAUUUUAGAACUGUAAAAAGACAAGAGGAUGAAGAUCUUCAACGUAUCACUGAUGUUUUGGACUACGAUGCCAAGGCUAUUGAGGAUCUGAUAAAACAUCAGAAUGAGUUGGACAACAUGAACCAAGAAGUUCAGAAAAACAUAGUCCAGUUUGAGCCAAAACUGGUAGAGUGCAUUGACAGUUUGCCAGUUAUUGACAACGCUGUGCGGACUCUACUCAAGGUUUCCAACGAGAUGCUUGACUUUGACAAAAGGAUUAACGAGUUGACCGUACAGGUGUUUAAUACCGAGGAUACUUUGUUGAAAAUAAUCUCAGAGACUUUAGAGAUCCAGCAUGUUCUAGAGAGUAUGCAGUAUGACAACAGUAUCCUAAAACUGCAAAAUGAAAUCUCAGUCUUGAAAGAGAGGACAGAAACUUUAUCUUCAACGAAUAAAGAGUCCGUGCCGGAGAAACAAUCAAGUGACUGA